AUGUUGUAUGCAGUAAGCAGCUGCGAUUUCUUCACGUUAGCCACCCAACACGAUGUUGUGAUGCUAUUUGAAGAUAAAUUGCUGCUUCGCCCACUAAUACAUGCUAACAUGGAGACAGAAUUUCGUGCUUCUGAAUUGGAAGGGACUUUGGCAGAAAAUGACUGCGAACGCGUUUGUAAGAUCAACUCUGAGCAAGCGGCUUGUUAA